GCGGCUUCCGGCCGGGACUCUGACAGGGUUCUGAGGGUCCCCUCGCACUUGCCGUUUCGAGCUGCGGGUUCUCGCAGGACCUGAGCCCCCCGGCCGCCCCGGGGAGGGUCUCACGCGGCUGUCCAGCCUCCCCUUCGCCCUUGUCCCACCGGGCCCAGGAGCGCUCGGCCGCCCCGCCAUGGCCCAGAAGCCGAAGGUGGACCCCCACGUCGGGCGGCUGGGAUACCUGCAGGCGCUCGUCACGGAGUUCCAGGAGACCGCGAGCCGAGACGCCAAGGAGCAAGUCCUCGCCAACCUGGCCAACUUCGCCUAUGACCCCAGCAACUUCCAGUACCUGCGGCAGCUUCAGGUCCUGGAUUUGUUCCUGGAUUCGCUCUCGGAGGAGAACGAGACCCUGGUGGAGUUCGCUAUGGAUGCCUCCAACAGACAGGGUGGAGCCAAGCCAAAGCCAGGAGCCUGAAUUUGAACCCGAGUCUCCCCCAUGUAUGUGGCAGAACCAUCACCCAUGGAACAUGUUAGCAGGAGCUGAAUCAGAAGUGGGACGCAGGCACCCCAGGUGGCACCUUUGCGGCUGCACCUACGCCUGCCCUGGAGCCGGGACCUUCCUGCAGUCAUCCAGGCCAGUGCUUUCUCAGUCACCCCACCCGGGGGACACAGUGGGUGGACCCAGGCUCAGGCUCCACCCUCGCCUCCACCACAUCCCUGAGCUAGUUCUGGUGGGGAGUCGGGAAGUCGUCAUCCCUGCUGUGAGUGGCACCGCCCACGGUCAGGGUCAGGCACUGCCACCGGAGGUGGCACUGGUGAGGUGAGAGCUGCCUCUGGAUGCUGGCGAGGAAAAGAUGCAGAGCUGGAGUCUCAGGAAACACUCACGGGGUGAAUGAGAAUUCUGAGCUCAAGCCCCAGUGAAAACACUGGCAGCCCUUGGUGCUGAUUUGGGGAUGUUUGCUCAAAGCACCAGUGUCAUACACCUGUGCCAUCCCAGAUGCCAUACAGGGCUAUAGAGGGACCAGGAGAGAGUUUCUGCUCCCGCGAAAACUGGCUGAAUCCUCGAAUGUCAUAGUUAUGGCAGGGUUACUAAACAGGGUUCAGGGACCAGUGCUGUUGGGCAGUGGGUUAAGCCGCCACUUGGAAGUGAUGCUGGCAUCUCAUAUGAGUGCCAGUUCAAGUCCCGGCUCCUGUUUCUGAUCCAGCUUCCUGCUAAUGUGCUUGGGAAGGAAGCUCAGGAUGGCCUAAGUGCUUGAGCCCCUGUCACCCAUGUGGAAGACCCGGAUGGAAUUCCUGGAUCCUGGCUUUGGCUUGGUCCAGACCUGGCUGUUGUAACCAUUUGGGGCAUGAACCAGCAGAUGAAGAUCUCUCUCUCUCUCUCUCUCUCUCUCUGCCUCUCUCUUUCUUUCCUUUUCACUCUCACUCUUUGAAAUAAAAAUAAAUAAUGGAUUCAAGUAAGUGAAUUAAGGUUAAAUUGCUUUCCUAUAUUCUACUUCCUGCAAUACAUGUGGCUGCCACAAGAUGGUGGUGGUGCUCAGGUAAAGGCUGGCAAGUGGCGCCUGUGCCUGCUGUCUGGUAAAUACUGUGUAGUAAAGUGGAAGAUAGGGACCCUCUAGGACCCGGCAGUUUCCUUCACAGGGUCAGGCACAUGCACAUCCAGACACGUGUACAGAAAUGCCACUAGCGGGGGCUGGCGUGGAUUGAGCCACGGCCUGCGGUGCUGGCAUCCCAUAUGGAUGCUGGUUUGAGUACCAGCUGCUCCACUUCUGAUCAGCUCCCUGCUAAUGUGCCUAAGAAGGUGGCAGAAGACGGCAAGUCCCUGGGCCCCUGCAUGGGAGACAUGGAGGAGGCUCCUGGCUCCCAUCUUCAGCCUGGCGUAGUCCUGGUCAUUGCGACCAUUUGGGGAUUGGACCAGUGGAUGGAGGAUUGAUCUCUCUCUCUCUCUCCCCCUCUAUUUCUCUCUCCUCUCUCCAGAACUCUGCCUUUCAAAUAAAUGAAUAAAUCUUUGGGAAAAGGGGGAAAAGACGCUACCUCCAGCAGCAUCUGUAAUAAUCGUAAACUGAAAAAAAUCAGUAAUAGAGUGGAUACCAGCAUCCUGAGAUACUUAACUCCGUUUAGCAGUGAGCGUGAAACCUAAAGCUUCGUGCAGGAUCUCACACACCAGGUCAGGCAGAUGAUGCCAGACACAGUGGUGACUCCUGUGAUAGGACCACGCUCUGGGGGAGGGGGAGUUCUCUGAGAGGGACAUGCAGCAUUUAAGGAUCACCUCGGGGCUGGUACCCUCGCCCUGACCGUGCCAGCACUUCUGUGUGUGUGGGUGCAGGUGUGGUCCUGUGCCAGAAACAGGUGCAUGCUUGCUCCCCACACACUCUGCCUGCCAGGUGCCCUAGUCACAGUGUCCAGAAGCAGAGGCUUAGAGAAACUGAGUCACCGUGGUCCCCUAGGCCCUCCAUGGGACUGCACUUACAGCUGCCCAGCCCAAGGCCCUGGUUCCAUCCCUGACCUUCUGCCCAAAAAGAAAUUCCCAGCCUUCCACUUGUGGCAGGGUCCCCCACACAGGAGGGGCUGAUUUGGAGCUUCUCCCUCCUCUGCUGUGUCCCGGGCUGUCUCCAGCUCCCUCAGCAGCUCAGAAGCCUGGCUCAAGCUGUACCCCUGAGCCAGGGCAGCCCCGGCCUGCCUUCCCCUAACUUCCAGAGACCAGUUCCCCUCUCUGUAGUGCUGGCUCAAGCAGGGCGUGUGUGUGUAUGUGUGUGUGUGUGAAUAAUUUAUGUAAAUACACGAUUGCUUCAGGUGGUACCAAAUUCAAAAGGGUGCAGAGUGAGCCGGCGCCGCGGCUCACUAGGCUAAUCCUCUGCCUUGCAGAGCCUGCACACUGGGUUCUAGUCCCGGUCGGGGCGCCGGAUUCUGUCCCGGUCGCCCCUCUUCCAGGCCAGCUCUCUGCUGUGGCCCGGGAGUGCAGUGGAGGAUGGCCCAAGUG